AUGUUUGAUGCACCCAUGCCCACAUCUGAACCACAAAGUGGAAUGCAAGACCCACGAUAUUAUCGUGAGAUUUUCGACGGAAAGCCCUGCACUUCGAGGAUAUAUAAACCCCACCGUCAAAAAACUCGACGACUUCCUACCAAAACUCCGAUAAAACAUCAACUUCUCCAAAGGACGGGGGAGGAAAUGACGGGUGGAAUGGGAUCAGGGACACAAAUACCAUUUGAUCUUAUAGACAGACAGACAUUGUGCUUGCCAGACUUCUCCGAGGAUACCAUACUGCAUAGUGGCGAUGAAGGCUUUUCAGAACUAUUGGGUCGAUAUUUUCCUGCUGCGGAAAGCAAUGCUUCGGAACGCUUGGUUCAAUUGAAGGCUCAACUUCGCAAAGCCGACACCUACGACUUCUGGAGACUGCUGAUGGAGGAAAUGUGCGAUAUAACAGGAGCUCAAUGUGGAUUGGUUGCUAAACGAAUGUUGGUGGACGAUCAGGACACCGCUGUUGAACUUCCAGAACUUGGGGAAGAAGGCUCAUGUCUGAUGGGUGUUGCUUUCUAUACCAAAAGUGGAGGUAAGGAAUCUAAACUUGAAAGGGAUUAUAAAUAUACAGCUUUUGGUACACCUUGCGCUUAUAUGAAAUACGACAAAGUGGUCAUUGUACCAGAGAGAAUGAAGGAGGUUGCACCUAACAAUCCAAAUAUCAUGCCAUGGGGUCAAUCAGAGGCCUUUAUUGGUGUACCGUUAUUUGUGGAAGACAAAUCUUUUGCUCACUUUACAUUAAUAUGGUCCGAAGAGGGCGCUCAAAAGAGGAGGCUAAGUUGGAGUUUCAUAGAAAUGUUCAUGCAUUCCCUCGAAGACAUGAUUCUUCAGCGUAUAGUGGAGGGACUGGGCUUCGCUAAGGGAAGUAAUUUCCCAGAGUCUAAUUCGGCAAAGAUCAUACCUCUCUCUGCUAUCACCGCUUCACAGUCACUUAAACCAUAUGCUCGAAGCCUGUCGCACGAACUAAGGACGCCUAUGCAGGGAGUGGUGGGGAUGCUGGACAUCAUGUACUCAACCAUACUUGAUGCUAUUGUAAAUGAAGAGAAUGAGCGGGUUCGAUCUGUCUUUGCAGAUCUGAAGGCCAAUGUUGAGAUUGUGCAAGAAAGCUCUAGAAGAGCGAUAGAAGCAGCCGAUAAUGUCGUCCACGCAUAUGAUCUCAACAUGCAAAUGCCAGAUGUUCCUUUAACGCCUGAAGAUGACCGAAAGAAAUCUUUUGCACUCAUCAUGCCAACUUAUUCCCCACCUGGCGAUGGCCAUUUACGAAAGGCAUUUUCUUCUCCAAUCUUGGUGAAAAGAAGGCGUCCUGAAGACCUCGAGCUCAAUUUAGAAUCUCCUCCGAAGCGUAUGUCCACUUUCUUAGAGCGAGAAAUUUCACAUCAUUUACAGGACAUCGGUUCCACGAUAGUUUCUACAGAAAUUUUCAGCCCUGAGAUGGUUCUUCAGUCUCCAGUCUCAGCAAUAAUUUCAGAAGUACAAACGAAGUCAAAUGGUUUUCCUUUCGACUCAAACCCCAGUCCGCUUACAUCCCCGGCUUCCAUGAAUCCAACCCACCAGCGUAUCGUCACUCGCGAUUUUAUGCGAAAUCUCAUUAGUGAUGCUCUUACAAGCGACCAUUCAUAUAGCGAACACCCUACGACAACGGACUCCAGCGAGAUAAUCGAAGUGAAGACACAAAGCUCAAGGGGCGAAAUACAAGAGCGUCUAAUCGAAUUGGUGAUCCAACCUGAUGUUCCCGAGGCCAUCCUUACCGAAGAGCAGCAUUUGCAAUUCUCGAUUUCAAAGGUCAUCGAUAAUGCUAUCAAAUUUACAGAUGAAGGCAGCAUUACCAUAACGGUCAGCCUCAAUAAUACUGGACACAUGGUUGAGAUAUGGGUGGUUGAUACAGGAUGCGGCAUUACCGAAGAAUCAAAAUCCCGUCUAUUCGAGCCACAUUUCCAAGAAAACGCCUCGAUCAGCCGCGCGAAAGAUGGACUAGGACUUAGUCUGUUUAAUGCUAAAGCUCGUGUGAGGAAAUACCUAGGUGGCGAUGUCACAUUGGAAAGAUCUGCAACGGAUGGUCCGACUAAAGGAUCAGAAUUCCUGAUACGUCUCCCGAUCUCAGCUCUGGAUAUGAAAAGGGCCGUGACUCCCCUCGUAGGCUCAUCGCCUAGUCAUCCACGAAUCACUCGGGACGCCGUGAUACCUUCUUACGCAAACGUUCCAACGAAGAAUUCACGCCGAAGAGGAAUUCCCAACGCUAACCUCGCCAAAGAUUAUCCCCUCAAUUUCCUCGUUGCAGAAGACAACGUAAUCAAUCGAAAUGUAGCCUUCACAGCUCUCAGCAGGCUCGGCUACAGCGCAAAUAACAUUACACUGGCGUUUGAUGGAGCAGAUGCUGUUCGUUCUUACAAAGCCUCCUUAUCGAAACCAUCUGGUCGCUAUAACAUCAUUUUGAUGGACAUAUGGAUGCCGAAUAUGGAUGGCUACCAAGCCACAAAAGAGAUCUUGAAAUUGGCUGAAGCUCAUGGGGAGACUGCAACGAUUGUGGCGGUUACAGCUGAUAUCACAGACGACUGUUCGAUUAGGGCGAAGGAAGCGGGUAUGCAAAGUUUCUUAGCAAAGCCGUAUAGGGUUAUUGAUAUCGAGAGACUCAUUAUUGGGAACUUUCAGCAGGAGCUAUUCUGCUGUUCAGAAUACUGA